CUUUUAUCGACGAUACCAGAGUGGCCUCACAAAAACAAACGAAUGCUAAUAUAGAACCGGUUAAUUCAGAUAAUUCAGAUAGUAUAAAUAAUUCAAGUUCUAAUGAAAAAAUAGUUGAAUCUUCAGAAAAUAGAGAAGUUUUAAAAAAUAGGAAAGUUUUAGAAAAUAGAGAAGUUUUAGAAAAUAUAGAAAUAGUUGAAUCUUCAGAUGAAUCAAAAAACGAAGAUAUAAGUGUCGAGGAAGGGUUUGAUAAUUAUUUACAAGAAUGGGUAGAGAUGUUAAAAGAAGAAAAACGACAAUUUGAAGAUAAAGAUAUAAAAAAGGAGAUGAUAAUGAUGAGAUUUCUCUAG